GGGGCGGUGAGAAACUCCCGGAGAGAAAGCUGAGCUGCCCGGUCCUCCCUCAGUCUGUCCACUCAGGAUGGCUGGACACUUCAGGUCAGUCCUGAGGACCAUUAAAACUGCCCUGCAGUGACCGGAAACGCAUUAAACCGGAUUAAACCGCGAUUCGGAUCAUCUGCAAACUUUCACGGAGGAGUUUCGCUCCAGUCUGUCAGCGGUCCGGAUCAGCUGCUGCUGCGGCGCCUCUCCGUUCAGUCCAGACCUUUGAGCGACAUCCUCCCCAUCCCCUCCGACCCCCCCUGAAGAGGAAUUUGGCAGCAGUGCAGCACUCGAGGGAUGAAUGAGGUUUCCUCUACGCUACUACGGCGGUACCGCCUGGCCAGGACUGACACCAACACCUCUGUGUCUAAUGGGGCAGGAGCCUCCAGUCAGGACGCGGCCGAGUCCCGGGACGGCUCGGGAGAUGGAGACCCUGCCUUCCCACUGUCCUCUCUGGCAGGGUUGCUGGAGGGAGAGGAGGGUUCCCCUCAAGCCCCAGAACCUGUCCGGACCACCGGGCCACCGCAGGCAGAUGGAAAACAGAACCUCCGUAUCAAAUUUCAGGGAGCUUUUAAGAAGGGCAUCUCAAACCCGAUGGACCUGCUGGAGUCCACCAUAUACGAGUCCCCUGUGGCACCGGGGCCCAAAAAGGCCCCCAUGGACUCCCUUUUCGACUACGGCACAUACCGGGCAAACAACAACCAAAAACGUCGCAGGAAGAAGCUUCCACGAGGGAAGACGGAGAACGAGGCGUCUUGUGACGAGGGCUCUGCUGACCCCCCGAAGGUUCUGAAGGAGUUUAACCGCUCCAUGCUGUUCGACGCCGUGUCCCGAGCGGACCCCGGCUCUCUGGACGGCCUGCUGCAGUACCUGCAGGCUCAUGACAAGAGGCUAACAGACGAGGAGUUCAGAGAGCCGCCCACGGGGAAGACAUGUCUACCCAAAGCUCUCCUGAACCUGUACGGUGGGAAGAACGACACCAUUCCCCUGCUGGUGGACAUUGCAGAGCAGAUGGGAAACCUGCGAGAGUUCAUCAACACGCCCUUUAGAGACGUCUAUUAUCGCGGUCAGACGGCGCUGCACAUCGCCAUAGAGCGGCGCUGUAAGCAGUACGCCGAGCUGCUGGUGGAGAAAGGAGCGGACGUCCACGCUCAGGCCCGUGGACGCUUCUUCCAGCCCAGAGACGAGGGAGGAUACUUCUACUUCGGUGAGCUGCCGCUCUCUCUGGCCGCCUGCACUAAUCAGCCUGACAUGGUGCACUACCUGACGGAGAACAGCCAUAAGAAGGCGGACCUGCGGCGCCAGGACUCGCGGGGGAACACGGUGCUGCACGCGCUGGUGCACAUCGCAGACAACACGCGUGACAACACGCGCUUCCUCACCAAGAUGUACGACCUGCUGCUCAUCAAGUGUGCCAAAGUUUACCCAGACUGCAACCUGGAGGAGGUGCUCAACAACGACGGCAUGUCCCCCCUAAUGAUGGCCGCCAAGCUGGGCAAAAUCGGGGUGUUCCAGCACAUCAUCCGGAGAGAGAUAAAGGACGAGGAGGCUCGUCACCUGUGCCGAAAGUUUAAAGACUGGGCUUAUGGACCCGUUUACUCCUCGCUGUACGACCUGUCCUCUCUGGACACCUGCGGAGAGGAAGUGUCUGUGCUGGAGAUCCUCGUCUACAACAGCAGGAUCGAGAACCGUCACGAGAUGCUGGCUGUGGAGCCCAUUAACGAACUGCUGAGGGCGAAGUGGCAGAAGUUUGGAGCCGUGACCUUCUACAUCAGCGUGGUUUCCUACCUCAUCACCAUGAUCAUCUUCACCCUUGUCGCCUACUACCGCCCCUCAGAGGGCACGCCUCCGUAUCCGUAUGUAACCACGGGAGACAAACUGCGUUUGGCUGGGGAGGUCAUCACCUUCGCUUCUGGAGUCUUUUUCUUCUUAACUAAUGUUAAGGACCUGUUCCUGAAGAAGUGCCCGGGGGUGAAUUCGUUAUUUAUUGAUGGAUCCUUUCAACUCCUCUACUUCAUCUACUCUGUGCUCGUGCUGGUGACGACAGCUCUUUACCUGUCAGGAAUCCAGGCCUACGUUAGCGUGAUGGUGUUUGCACUAGUAUUGGGCUGGAUGAACACACUGUACUUCACCAGAGGACUCAAACUCACUGGAACGUACAGCAUCAUGAUACAGAAGAUUCUCUUCAAAGAUCUCUUCCGGUUCCUGCUGGUCUAUGUUCUCUUCAUGAUCGGCUAUGCCUCAGCUUUGGUGUCCCUGCUGACCGUCUGUCCCACUAACAGCACGAUCUGUGCUGACGGCUGCCCCGCAAGCUUGCAUUGCCGCGACACGGUCGCCUUCAGCGCCUUCCUGCUGGACCUGUUCAAGCUGACCAUUGGUACGGGCGACCUGGACGACCUCUUGCAGGGUGCGCAGUACCCCGAGGUCUUCCUCAUCCUGGUGGUCACCUACAUCAUCCUCACCUUCGUCCUGCUGUUGAACAUGCUGAUCGCUCUCAUGGGGGAGACAGUCAACCAGGUGUCCAAGGAGAGCAAGAAGAUCUGGAAACUACAGUGGGCUACAACCAUCCUGGACUUCGAGCGCUCCUUCCCUGUGUGCCUGCGCAAGUCCUUCCGCGUGGGUGAGAUGGUGACGGUGGGCAAGAACUGGGACGGGACGCCCGACAAACGCUGGUGCUUCAGGGUGGACGAGGUGAAGUGGUCUCACUGGAAUCAGAACUUGGGAAUUAUUAACGAAGAUCCAGGACAGAAAGAGCUAAACCAUGAGGGAAACGCACAGACUGGGAGAGGACUGAGGAGAGACCGGUGGUCCACAGUGGUCCCACGGGUGGUGGAGCUGAGUAAAGGCACCAGAUCCAGGGACCAUGUGGUGGAGAUGGAGCCCCUCAGCCCCAGAAACAGACUCAGAUCUGAGAGCUAACCAGGGGUCCAAAUGCAGGACGGUCAUUCAACAGAGACUCACAGUGACCAGAGGCCACUGAGUAGGGUGGGGGGUGGGGGGACCAGAUCAACUCCAAUCACUACACAGAGAACAUGACUAGGGAUCCAGAUCUGCUCUGAUUGGUCAGUUCAUGUAAACAGCACAGAGUGGACCGAAUCUAUUCUCAUAAACUGCACAGGAAAGGAAACACUGCUCUGAUUGGUCACGUCACAUAAACAGUCGAACUGGAAGUCCAAAUCUGCUGCGGUCAAGCUUUAUAAGGUCGUCAUAAGAAAAUGUUGUACUUCCAAAACGAAAAGUUUUAGACAUUUGGAAACUUUCUUAACUUUAGUGUGAUUUUAUUCCAAGUAAUGUUGGACCAUUUCUGUUGGUCCAUUUAUCAGGAAAUGUUCUAGGAUUUAAUGAUAUUGAUAAGUCACUUUGCAAUAUUUUGUUUUCACGAUAAAUCAGUGGUUCCCAAGUCAGACCUGGAGACCUCAUACAAAUGAGGAGCUUUUUAAUUAGUUAACAGGUUGAUGAGGGAAGGCACAAAAAUGUGCAAAGUGUGGGGUCCCCAGGAUGGACGUUGGGAACUCUAAAUGGAGCUUUUUAAAACUCUAGCAAUGCAAACUGUGUUCAAUACUCCAGUUGGCACAACAUCACAGUUGCACUCCGUUAAAGCAAUGGUUUGACAAAAAAACAAAUAUACACAAUUUCCUCCUAACCCCAGAUGUAGUCGAUCAGUUGAGACAUGUUUGGUGUUAAAAUUUAGCUUCUUUAGUUUAUUGCCAGAGCUAUGAGGCUAAUGUUGCUGACAAACACUACAGGUCAGUAGUCACCCAAACUUUUUUUGUAAAUACAUCCUGAAAACUUCUCUCAACUCACUCAAACCAUAAGCAGGUCUUCAUUUAAGGAUGUGCAGACUUGUUAAUGUGCUAUAAAAAUGAACAGAACUCUACCAUGUAGCCUUAACUGAGAGCAGCUGCAGGUGUUCUGCUGAAUUCUGCCUAUGCUGCGGAUUGUGACUCCUCUUCAUGUGGUUGCUACACUUUCUGUUUAUUUUUUAUUAAUAUUUAUCUUUUACGAUGAUGUUUUGCUCAUUUUUAUAGCUCACAGUGAGUCAGACUGUGUCCUAAACCACAUCGUCCGUGUACCCUUAAUGAAGACCUGGAUGCAGUUUGAGUGGGAAACAUUUGGGUGACUAUUGGCUCCUAGUGUAAGCAGUGUUGGCCUCAGAGCUCCAGUGCUAAACUAAAGCAACACAAUUUAGAUCUUAGCUGAUCGACUGCAUUUGGAGAAAGUGUAAAAUUGUGGAAAAUUGAAUUGUCGCCAAAUUAUUACUUUAACAAGCAAUAUACUGGGUGCCUUAUAAUGUUGACAUAAUGUAAAGGGGCAGCUAAUUGUUUUCAAGUAUUG